AUGGGGAUGCAGUGCAGUAGACUGUCCAUAGCUUAUCGUUCAUGACAUGAGAGUGGUGUCAAUCAAGUGAUGGCACCCGCUGCACCAGAGACUAUUUAAAAGCACCAGAGACAAUUAAAAUUUUUAUGACUGAUGGUUGUAUCCUAUUAGUUCCUUGAGAAACCCCACAGAUUGGGGGGAAACGCGUCGGAACGGAUACCAAACUAUGAGUAAAGUUUGUGCUGUGUUUGGAGGAUCCAGGGGGAUUGGAAAAGCUGUUGCUAAGUUGUUAGUUCAGAGGAAUUAUAAAGUAGCUGUUAUAUCCAGGAAUCUGGAUGCGGCCAAAGCCACCACCGAAGAGCUUGGAGGUCACCUGGCUCUAAGCUGUGAUGUAGCUCAAGAACAAGCUGUCCAGCGCACAUUUGAAGAGAUUGUGAAGAAAAUUGGAAACGUCAACUGUCUAGUCAAUGCUGCCGGGAUAAAUAGAGAUGCGUUGUUAUUAAGAACCAAGACAGAAGACAUACUGUCUCAACUAUCUGUUAAUCUCAUUGGAUCAAUGUACACAUGUAAAGUGGCAUUGAGGGGUAUGGUCCAGCAGCAAGAUGGAGCCAUUGUGAACAUUGGUAGUAUUGUUGGCCAUAAAGGUAAUGCUGGGCAGAGCGUUUACAGCGCCAGUAAGGAAGGCUUGGUUGGAUUUUCAAAGUCACUUGCUAAAGAAGUUGCAAAGAAGAAUGUUCGGGUUAACGUGGUUGCUCCUGGGUUCAUUCACACGGACAUGACCUCAAGUUUAGAAGAGUCCACAUUAAAUCAGAAUAUUCCCCUGGGAAGAUUUGGAGAGGCGGAUGAUGUCGCACAGGCUGUCACUUUCCUGCUUAGUUCCCCAUACAUUACUGGUCAUGUAUUAGUGGUGGAUGGAGGGUUACAACUACAGAUGUAAGCUGUUGUACUGUCUUUCCCAGGACCGAUUCUAGAAGGGAAUAUGCUUUCCAUCAUACUGAUGUAUAUACCCAGCUGGACAUUACUAAAUAGAAGUCCAGCUACUCUAUAGAGCAGCCAUUCCACUGGGGCAUUCUAAAUGUAACAAGCCACCUGUGCUAUAGCAAUGAGCAUGAUUUUGUACUAUGCAGCACAGAGCUGCUUAGUAUUUAGGGCUUGCUGCUUUUAUUGGAACCUUCUCAUGUCCUAUACAUGUUAGGCUGCGUUCACACGGCCGUCUAGACCCGUCCCGUAAAAAACGGACAAUAACGGAUGUUAUCCAUUUGGAUCCGUUAUUGUUCAGUUAAUAAACAAAAAAAAGAAAAAUUAUUAUUAUUGUUCUGAGCAUGCUCAAAAAUAAAAACUGAUCAAAAAACGGAUGCAAACGGAUGACAUUAACCUCUUAAGGACCCAUGAUGUACCGGUACAUCAUGAGUCCGCUCCCGUUCUGCCACAGCAUAGUGGGUCAGGCCCAGCACCUAGCAACGGCCGGGACCCAUGGCUAAUAGCGAGCAGCAAUGAUCGUAGUGCCGCGCGCUAUUAACCCUUUAGACACGGCGUUCAAAGUUGAUCGCCGCGUCUAAAGUGAAACUAAACUAAUGCCUGUUAGCUCGGGGCUGUUCGGGAUCGCCGCAGUGAAUUCUCGGCAUCCCGAACAGCUGUAGGACAGCAGAAGGGUCCCUUACCUGCCUCCUGGUGUCUGAUCGCCGAAUGACUGCUCAGUGCCUGAGAUCCAGUCAUGAUCAGUCAAGCGGCAGAAUCAUUGAUCAAUGGUUUCCUAUAAGAAACCAGUGAUCAAUGCAAAAGAUCAGUGUGUGCAGUGUUAUAGCACCCCAUGGGAGCUAUAACACUGCAUAAAAGUGAAUAAAGAUCAUUUAACCCCUUCCCUAAUAAAAGUUUGCCCCCCUUUUCCCAUUUAAAAAAAAAAAAAAAAACAGCGUAAAUAAAAUUAAACAUAUGUGGUAUCGCUGCGUGCGGAAAUGUCCGAAUUAUAAAAAUAUAUCAUUAAUUUAACCGCACGGUCAAUGGCGUGCGCGCAAUUCCAAAGUCCAAAAUAGCGUAUUUUUGGUCACUUUUUAUAUAAUGAAAAAAUUAUCAAUAAGUCCGAUCAAUACAAAAAUGGAACCGCUAAAACCUUGAGAUCACGGCGAAAAAAAUGAGCCCUCAUACCCCCCGGUAUGCCGAAAAAUAAAGUUAUAGGGGUAAGAAGAUGACAAUUUUAAACGUAUACAUUUUCCUGCAUGUAGUUAUGAUUUUUUUCAGAAGUACGACAAAAUCAAACCUAUAUAAGUAGGGUAUCAUUUUAAUCGUAUGGACCUACAGAAUAAAGAGAUGGUGUCAUUUUUACCGAAAAAUUUACUGUGUAGAAACAGAAGCCCCCAAAAAAACAAAAUUGCGUUUUUUCUUACAUUUUGUCGCACAAUGAUUUUUUUCAGUUUCACCAUAGAUUUUUGGGUAAAAUGACUGAUGUCAUUACAAAGUAGAAUUGGUGGCGCAAAAAAUAAGCCAUCAUAUGGCUUUUUAGGUGCAACAUUUAAAGUUAUGAUUUUUUAAAGGUAAGGAGGAAAAAACAAAAGUGGAAAAACCACGGGUCCUUAAGGGGUUAAAGGCUCAUCCGUUUUCCAUAGACUUCAAAUUUUAAUUUAUUGUAUCCGGUUUUUUUUGUUUUUUUUUGACAGAAGAAAAAAAACUGCAUGUGCUGUUUUUUCUGCCAUAAAAAAAAAAUUGGGGCAGACGGGUACAAACGGAUGUAAACAGAUUGUAAAAAAAUCCCCUUGACAUGAAUGGGAUUUUUUUUUUUUAAACCAUUUUUAAUCCAUUUACAGCCUGCAAGAACGGAUCCGAAAAGGGGAUAAAAAAAAAAACGGGGACAGACGGCCGUGUGAACGCACCCUUACUAAAUAGGUAAAACAAUACAGUAUGACAGGUGCAAUAUUACCGUGUUUUGUGCUGCUGCUUUUUCAAUGCCAAAAGUGAAGAAGACCACAGGGAACUGUUGGACUAGGUUAAAAAAAACAAACCCUGACAUGAUGAAAAUGACAUGAUGACGUGUAUUAUUUGUUGCACAGAAGAAUACAAGUGACAUCAUGAUGGGAGCAGUGGUAUAAGA